ACAUGUACAUGUACUUUGAUUUUGGGAAGGAAUUGAGUGCAUUUUAGAAUAAAUUGAGAUUCAUGAAAUAGUUUCAAGUAUUUAUAUGGGUAAACAAGAAACUAAAGUUAAGUACUAUCUUCAGUCUUCUCAUAUUAUUUCAGUUCAGUUCUUGUGGCCAUGUAAUUCCAACAAUUUUUAUUCAAACAGUGGGGUUGAUGUGCCAGUAUUUUUUGGCAUGUAAGUUGUUAUGUUGUAUUUAUUGGAUGAUUAGUUUAUUUUUCGUUGCUAUUGGUAUGUUAUGAUAUAUGAGUACCUUACAGUUUUAUUUUGGAAUUGUAGUUAUUUGGCAGAGUCCGAUGAAUCAGCAUAAGGAUUGCUCGUCGGAAGUCUGUUGCCUUGGUGAUGAGAGAUGUGCCCAGCAGAAGGAUAGAAAUCCUGUGCUCAAAGAGCAGUUUGCUGCAGAAAUCAAGGCUGCACUGGAUGUCACUGUAUCCAAUGAUGUGAUUGGCAUCCAUCCUCCGUAUGUGUGCCUUGUGAGCUGAAGCUCAGGAGAUGGAAAGAUAAUCAUGCAAAACGUUCUAUUUACAUGUGGGCCGACCUUCCUACGCAAUCACCUCCAGUGGAGGACCAUCACCGAGCACCCUUGGCCGGCCUCCCCUUCGUACCUCUUGGUCCAGAUGUGACUGUGACAAUGGAUGUAUCGCUGUUCAGAUAGGGCCUUUCUUCUUCCACUCCAUGCAUCCGGGGUCUAGGUCAUCGCCUCUCAAGACAAACACAGCAACAGGUUAGAGCUCCAAGUGGUGUUUAAUACUCUUCACCACUUUCGACAACACCUAGUGGGUCAUUCCGUUCAAGUCCAGAGCGACAACUCCAUGGCAGUGACGUGCAUCAACCACCAGGGCGACAUUCGCUCCCCCAACACUGUGCCCUUGCAUGGCAGCUCUUCAUGUGGACGAACAAUUAAGAGAUCACCCUCCAAGCCAUCUACAUACCAGGAACCAGCAACAGCAUAACAGUCACACUCUCUCGGGGCACCGUCCAACCAACAUUAUUCCCCCGAAAGUGGUCAGCCAUAUCUUUGCGGAGAUCGAGUGUCCCCAUAUUGACCUCUUCGCUUCCACUGACAAAACUAUCUCACAAAGUUCUGCUCCAGGCUCCCUCACCCACAGGCACGGGCGACAGGCGCCCUACAGUUCGACUGAUCGGGCCUUCUGGCGUAUGCCUUUCCAUUAACAUCCCACACGUCCUGUCCAAGAUAGGACAGGAGCCAUGUCGGGUCCUCCUCAUCGCCCUGUUCUGGCCUCACCAACGGUGGUUUCCAAGACUGACAAGACUCUGAGUUUGAUAGCCGCUGGUCCUUCCAUCCCGGGAGGACAUUCUUCAUCAACCCAAGUCGGGGGUCCUCCAUCCAGCACAGGGGGGUCUUCACUUCACGUGCUGGACAUUGUCCAAUGAUCCUUCAGAGCGUCAGGCCUUUCUGUGGAUGCUGCAUUCAUGGCGGCCUGGGGUCAAUGACUGUCCACUCGUAAAAUUUACAGCAGCCGACUACAACAUUUUACUAGAUGGUGCGACGACCACAAUGUUUCCCCAACCGAAGCUCCUGUGAGUUCCGUCACAGACUUUUUCAGGUUUCUGUUCCAUUUGGGCCUCCAGAUUGCCACCAUUUGCAACUACCGGUCAGCCUUGGCAGCCGUUCGUUCGGGCUUCAGCGAUAGAUUGGUGGUCUCUGAUAAUGCUGCCAUCCACCAUCUUCCUUGAGGACUGUUUGUUGAGCAUCCUCAUGUAAAACGCCUCGUUCUAUCCUGGGACCUUGGAAGCGUCUUACAUGUUCUUGCUGGUCCCCCCUUGAGCCGCUUUCUGAUGCAUCUGAUCUCCAUCUCGGCAUCAAACUGGUGCUCCUCCUUGUUGUCGAUACAUAGAGAAACGGUAGCGAACUGCAUGCUCUAUCGAUUGCUGAAGGUCACAUCCGUUGGGAGCCGCAUGGGGUUUGCCUUAUCCCAGCCAUAAAGUUUUUGACGAAAAACCAUACGCCUACCUUCCAGCCUCUCGACAUAUUCAUUCCCAACAUAGCCGCACAUUCGGGAGAUGACUCUGACAAGAUAUGGUGUCCAGUUCGCACUCAAGUGGUACCUUGCCAGGACCAAGUGUCGCCGAGAGUUUAGUUCCCGGCUCUUCAUCACUACAACAAAACCCUUUCAUCCAGCGUCAAAGGACGCUAUUGCCCAAUGGACGGUCUCGGCCAUUAUCUUCGCGAACUGAGACGGACUGGCACAAUAUGACAAGAUGACCCGAUCUCACGUCAGGGCCCUCAAUGUUUGGGCCACUUCCGCAUCCUGGUCACAAUUCAGAGAAGUUCCUCUAGCAGAAAUCUGCCAGGCAGCUUGCUGAAGAUCCCUCGUCACCUUCACUGAGUGCUAUCUGAAGGAUGUUCUGCAGAGCGAAACAGCCCUUGGCACAGCAGCCUUGCGCUCGGCAGUCCGGACAGUGCCCAGCACUGUCCCUGGCCAGACGGUGAAUACUUCAUCAUAGACAUUCCUUUCUUGUGGCCUUCCCAUAAGUGGCUUGCGUGAGAUCAACUUGUUGAUCAACUUACGGCAUGAAAAUGUGGUUGAACUGAAGGAAGUAGUGGUUGGCAGCCAUCUUGACAGCAUUUUUCUUGUGAUGAUGUACUGCGAGCAGGAUCUAGCUAGUCUCUUGGAUAACAUGCCAGCUCCAUUCACAGAGGCCCAAGUCAAGUGUUUAGCUCUACAGAUGGCAAAUGGUCUACAGUAUUUACAUGAUAAUUUUGUCAUCCAUCGAGAUCUCAAGGUGUCCAACUUGCUUCUGACUGACAAAGGAUGUCUUAAGAUUGCUGAUUUUGGUCUUGCAAGAACUUUUGGGUUACCAGUCGAGUCCAUGACCCCAAGAGUUGUAACACUGUGGUACAGAGCACCAGAAGUAUUGCUGGGAUCAAGCGAGCAAACAACAGCAAUUGAUAUGUGGGCUGCUGGAUGUAUAUUUGGUGAACUGUUGGCAAAUCAACCCAUGUUGCCAGGAACAUCUGAGUUACAACAGAUUCAGUUAAUUAUAGACUUACUUGGAACUCCCAGUGACAGCAUCUGGCCUGGUUUUACAGGUUUACCCAUGUUAGAAAAGUAUACCUUGAAAAACCAGCCUUACAACAACCUGAAACAGAAGUUUCCUUGGCUGUCUCAGGCUGGAUUGCACCUCCUUAAUAUUCUGUUUAUGUACGACCCAUCUAAAAGGGCCAGUGCACAAGAUUGUUUGGAUCAUUCCUACUUUAAGGAGCAACCAUUGCCGUGUGAUCCCAAAUUGAUGCCAACCUUUCCACAUCACAGAAACAAACGGACUAAGUCCUCUGACGUACCUGCUGCACACAGACACAGUCAUCAGGGGACAAUCCUGAGACCUGGUUUCAACUUCUGGAAGAGGGCCACCACCCACCAGAUCCGCGUCAAAUGUCGGUUCGGUUCCGCAUCUUGAGCUUCACACCUCUCAGAAAACUCAGGUGUGGUAGUUGAGUACCUUUUUUCCGAGUACUGCAGAGUACUUUAAUUUCCCAAGUACAAGCCAAGUACAAGAACUGAUUUUUAAGUACGUGUACUUGUACCUCCGAGUAUGAGAUUGAGCACUCCUGUCUCCGAGUACGAGUAUUUGUAAAUUACGAGUACAAGUCAGAGUACUUUAUGUCUGGGUAAAAAGUCAAAUUUGUGUGUCAAAAUGUUUAAAUGAAUAUGAACAAUGGAUCUACAAACUUUUUUGCAACUGAUUGUUUUUAUUAAAUCUGCCAUAUCAUUACCAAACCAGUAUUAAGGUAAAGUUCCAAAACUUUGUAUAUUCAUUUUAGACUUUUUGGCAAAAUACAUAAAUACGUUCAUACUGCAAGAGAAAGAUCAUCAGUUUUGAUGCACCAACAACAGCAAAAGCAUUUACUCAGUAAUGAAAUGUAAAAGCAUCAAGAAUAAGCAAAUGCCGUAAAUGCACAGCCCAAUUUCACAGAGCUGCUUACAGAAUUUGUCUAAGCGCCCCAAAACCGUGCUCAAAAACAAAGGUUACCUGCUAAAACUCUGUGUGUGAUUCUCGUACCAACCCCAAAAUAUGUAAAUAACAUUCAGAAACAAUAUACAUGAAUGGAGUUGUAAUUGGUGAUCUGUGCUCACAUACAUGUAUGGCAAUGUACAUGUACCAGUACAACUCCAACUCAUGAUGCAUUAGACCAAUUUCCAGUAAAUCAGCGCAAAUGGAAAAAGGAAAAUCUGAAAUUUCAACUUCACGUUACAAGUUUGGAGUUUAAUGCCAAACAAAAUAUUUCCAUGAAGUAUGAACAUUUAACACAUCACAUUUCCCUUUUUUUUUCUCUCAAACACAUGUAUACCUGGCGACAGUUUCCCUAAAGUAACACGUUACCUAUCGCUUCUUUCGUUUUCAUCUGCUUAAAAUUGCCACACUAUUCUUUGCACAAAUGCAUUUUUUUUCUGAAAGGACCGGUAAGGACAACAUUAUGACUUACAUGUUAGAAAAACUUAACGGGUAGCAUAAGUAAAAUAAACCACAGAAGUGUUAAUCCAAGGAGAAACGUCGUCAGUUUUAUACACAAUUGUAAAUAUUCAUUUUCUUCUUCUGACAUUUUCGAACGCCUACCGUUGUGAACACUUCGGUUUAAGCAGUAAAAAUAACUUUUCGUGAGAGAAGCUUAUUGAAAAAUCGAGUCAAACUGUGGAAACGUAUGUUUGCACUUUAGUAACGUAUGUUUCCUUUUAAUUACAUUUGGCUUAUGAUUAGAGAAUAUCCUUUCGGUAAUAAUAGUUUGCUAGACCAUUGUUGAUUUGAAAAAGACGCGUUCAAACGUGCAAAAAAGACAGUAAUUGCAGGUUUGCUACCAAAGGCAUUAUUUCCAAAACCCUUUGUUUCUAGGAUCACUGGCACUCAGGAUUCAUUUGCCAAUGAAUGAAAACUUAUACUAGCAUUUUAUAGAUCUACCAACCUAAAAGUAGGUCUACAAUCCUACAAGUAGAAGAAGUUAUAAAAGGAAAGUAUGAGAACAAUCUCAUAAUAAACAUACAUAUGUUAUCUGUGUAUGAAACUGGUGACAUAUGUUUCGAUUCAAA